GUACAAAAUGUUUUUCCUCAGUCUGGUUUAAACAGCUAUCGACUCCAUGACCAUAGAAUUUUAGGUCCAAAAUUUAAAUAGUUUCCAUUUUCGGGUUCAAAAUUCUAAAAUAGGAAGUACAAAAUGUCAUUUCUGAAAACUAUUGCAAAUGAUUCAGUACCGCUAAUGCGCCAGAUGCGAUCAUUAAUCACAACUUCAGUUCGCCAAACACACGAUGCGUUCAAGCCCACAAAGCACAAUCCUUCGCCAACGUGCCAGUCGAAGGGAAAGAGUAAGAAGAAGUCGGAUGAGGAUUGUGUGGAUGAUCAUCCGAAACCACGUCAGCGCGAAAAUAUUCAGGACACAUUUCCGUUCUAUCAUCUGAUCAAAUUCAAGGAUGUCUGCUGCGGCGAUCCGUGCAUCGACAAAGACUUUGCUACCUUCGACGAAUGUUUGUACAAGGAAAGCGAUAAGAACAAGCGCAAAUAUCAAGUAACUUGGGUUGAGUGUCCGCCCGUAAAAAUUCAGCCGAAGAAAAUUUGUUGCUUUGCCAAGGCAAAGAAACCGCCAAUUGCACGUCGCAAGCCAGUUGAGAAGCCAGACACUGCCUGCAAGUACACCAAACCAUGUCCACCCAAGGGAGAACAGAAAUGUCCCCGAAUCAAGAUGCCUCGCUGUAGACCUGUUCGGGUGCCCGUUCGUUGCCAUCGCAUUCGUUGGCCAAGCGAGUGCAGGAAGGUUAAGACUCCCUAUCCGGCCUUCUCUGAAUGCGCUCGUCCCAAGUUGCGAGUGAAGCGCCGAACUGAAUGUGAAUGCCAUAAUGAGAUACCGAUGUGCGCGUUGUUGGCGAUUUUGAACAGACGUCUUCGAUCAGGCAGCUUACAGUUAAAUCCGUGCGGAAAGUAGAUUAUAUUUGAGUUACCCACAGAUUUCACUUUUAAAAUGGAUAAAUUCGGACGCAAGCAUUCUUUAAAUUAAUUCUUAAAAUUAUUAAUUCGAUAUGUUACAGUUAUGUAAUAAUAAACUAUACCAGCAUACCAUAUAUUUUAGAUUUUUCUGGGAGAUUUCUCGCAAUACCUUUCAAAUUAUUUUCAUUCUUAGCAGGCCUUCAACAAUCAUAUUUCAUGAAAUGUGCAAGCUCUGGGGUUAGGUAUUACUUUUUGCCCUGAUCUUUGAGUGAACUACUCAUCAAAAUUUUAUUUUAUUUUUGGACCUUCUUUAAUUUUUUAAUCUUUCAAUGUUGUCCAGUUCAAAGAAAAACGGUUAUCGCACCGUUUGUCUCAUAUACCGAAGUUUCUCUGCCAAUUCUACAUUCAUGGCGAAGUAUUCGAGGAAGGAAAACGAAAAACGUCUCGUUAAUGUUUUUGGUGAAACCAUUUCAAACCAACAUGAACCUUUUUCAAAAAGUUCUGUAAAAGAGAAAGCUUUCUCUAAGACUUAUGAUACAGCUGAAAAGCUAACACCCAUGGAGAUGAAAAGAAGGAAGUUCGCAGAAAUCUCAAAUGUAGACGAAAAAAUUCCAUUUUCAGAGAUUCAAACCUUUGGCAGAAGCAGGAAGAACGACAGACAAAAAACCCAAAAAGAAGAUAAGCAAUAUGCGGUUAAUAUAAAAGCUUUGUGUCGAAAGACAAUGCAUAAUCCAUUUUGGGAUUCUACUACCAACAUUCCUAACAAUAACCAAAAGGAAGAAAACUUAGUGGAUGUCUACGGUCAAAUAAUUGACAAACAAGUGAAAAGCGAGCCUUCCACUCCCAGUAUAAAUCAAUUAAGUCUAAACUCAAAGUUAGAGCAUCCAACAAAACUCACCGCAAAGCUAAAUGAAGAAUCAGAGCCAGUUGAUGCGUCUGAACAAUUAAUCACUAAUGGAAAGAAACAUUAUGAAUAUUUUUCAAAUCAAUCGAAUAGAAAAGAAACACGUAAAUUGAGCAAAAUGUAUAUUAAAAGGAAAAAACCAUAUGCUGUAUUCGUCAAAAAAUGCAGUCGCAAAACGAAUCUAGAAUACCCUAACAUAGUCAACAAAAAUCAAAAGGAAGAAAAUUUAGUUGAUGUCUACGGUCAAAUAAUUGACAAACAAGUGAAAAGCGAGCCUUCCGCUCCCAAUAUAAAUCAAUUCAGUCUAAACUCAAAGUUAGAACAUCCAACAAAUCUCACCCAAAAGCUAAAUGAAGAAUCAGAGUCAGUUGAUGCGUCUGAACAAUUAAUCACUAAUGGAAAGAAACAUUAUGAAUAUUUUUCAAAUCAAUCGAAUAGAAAAGAAACCACGAAAGGAACAUCAACACGUAAGUUGAGCAAAAUGUAUAUUAAAAGGAAAAAACCAUAUGCUGUAUACGUCAAAAAAUGCAGUCGCAAAACGAAUCUAGAAUACCCAAUUUACUCAAGGCCAAACCAAAAUAUAUCCACAGAGCUUAAUGAAAAAAUAGAGCUAUUGGAUGUUUAUGGGCAAGCUUUUAGAAAAACACAGGAAGAAAAAAAGCCAUAUAGAGUGAAUGAAAUUGUUAGCGAAAAAAUUGAGAAAAAGCAUCCAGAGUUUGAUGUGUUUAGGGAAACUUAUAAAGAAAGAAAACCAUAUUCAGUAGCCAUAAGAUUUCCAUCUUACGCUUCCCCUAAGAAAACAUUUCCUGCAUAUCAAGAGGAGGAAGAGACAGUUGAUGUCCAUGGGCAAAAACAAGAGGAAGAUGAUGAAGCCUUCGACUAUACUUCUAGACAACAGCGCGAAAAAAACCCGAUCUUCGUUUUGAUUGACAAUAAAGAGAACUCAGUCGAACUUGAUAUUUCCUGUCCAAAAGGGGGAAAAACGAUGACCUCUUUCAAUAAGAACAUCAACCGGAAGCAACAUAAAAACUUUUCAAGCAGAUUUCAGCAUAGCGAAAGUAAAAGAAAUGUGGAUGAAAUGUUGAAUCCAUUUCAGAAUGAAGAGAGACCUGAAGUCAUUCCCAAACGGUAUAUAAGGAAACGGCCUAUCAAAGCUAAUAACAUCAGGAUGGCUUACGAUGAAAAUCUUGAUAUUCCCAAAAUAUGUAGUGAAAAUCAAAACGAUGAAAAUCUAUUUACUAAGAACGAGUAGUAUGACAUGAU